CUGCGCACCUGAAGACACUACUACUUUUUCGGUAAAUUAUCACUCCCUCGAGAUAUGCCAGUGCAAUCAGUAUACGGAUGAAGAUCUGCACCAAGCGGUUAAGAACUAUUUUCUGCUCGAUAGCAUCGGCAUCGUGAAACCAGACAAGUUGCUGCAGUCACAAGAGGACCAACGGGCACAGAUGUUUCUGGAAUCGCUCACAAAACGCCGAAAUGGACGGUACGAAUGUGGACUUCUCUGGAAAUAUGAAAAUGUCCGUCUUCCAGACAGCAAAGCCAUGGCGUUGAAACGAUGGGAAUGCCUGGAUAGGAGAAUGCAGCAUAACCAACAGUUAGCAGACGCAGUUAGGUUGAAGAUUGAAGAUCACGUCACGAAGGGCUAUGUCCGAAAGUUGACUGAUGCGGAGGUUCAGGCAGAUUAUACCCGCGUAUGGUAUUUACCAAUGUUCCCGGUGGUGAACCCGAAUAAACCUGGUAAGACGCGACUCGUUUGGGAUGCAGCAGCAACUUCUCAUGGAGUUUCCUUAAACACUGUAUUGCUGAAGGGCCCAGAUUUGUUAACUUCUCUCCUGUCGGUGUUGAUUCAGUUCCGCGAGUACCGAAUUGCAGUAUGUGGUGACAUUCGAGAAAUGUAUCAUCAGGUUCUGAUGCGGGACGACGACCAACACUGCCAGCGUUUCUUCUGGAAGGAAAACUCAACCGAUCCCGAGCCAAGUACCUACAUCGUACAAGUGAUGACGUUUGGAGCCUGCUGCUCCCCGAGUACGGCACAGUACGUAAAAAACUUUCACGCACAGAAGUUCCAGCAAGAGCAACCGGCCGCCGUCGAAGCAAUCGUCAAACGACAUUAUGUUGACGAUAUGCUUCUGAGCGUGGAGCAUGAAGAGGAAGCAAUCCAGUUGACACGAGGCGUGAAGGAAAUUCACGCAUCAGCGGGUUUUGAAAUCCGCAAUUGGGCAUCUAACUCUCCUAUGCUACUGGAACAACUACAAGAACCUUCUACAGUGGAGAAAAACCUCAACGGCGACAGCUCGGUCGAAAAAAUCCUUGGAAUGUGGUGGGACACAACUUCAGACCACUUCACGUUCAAGGUUUCCAAACGCAUAGACGAGCUACUUCUGUCCGGAGAUCGUCGUCCUACGAAGCGGGAAGUCUUGCGAACCCUGAUGAUGGUUUUCGACCGGCUAGGCCUCAUUGGACACUUUUUGAUGCUUCUGAAGACACUUCUUCAGGAAAUAUGGCGCUCUUCAAUUGGAUGGGAUGAUCCGAUAAAUGACCAACACUUCGAAAAGUGGUCAACCUGGUGUGCGGCUCUACCUGGAAUCACCGAGCUUCAAAUUCCUCGAUGCUACCGAUCGUUGACAUCUACUUCAGAAGACAACGAGGUUCAGCUGCACACGAUCGUCAAUGCAAGUGAAGCAGGCUUUGCGGCAGUGGCGUAUCUACGAUUCCAAGAAGGAGCGAACAUCGAGUGUGCGCUUUUGGGAUCCAAAACGAGAGUUUCACCCCUUAAGUUCUUGUCCAUCCCACGAUCCGAGCUUCAGGCUGCCGUUAUCGGCAACCGCCUAGCAGAAACUGUCUGCAAAUCACUUUCAAUCAAGGUGAGCCGACGAUUUUUUUGGACAGAUUCGAAGGAUGUUCUGUGCUGGCUGAAUUCCGACCAUCGCCGCUAUAGCCAGUUCGUCGCCUUCAGAGUUAGCGAAAUUCUCGAGGCAUCAGAUGUAAAAGAAUGGCAUUGGGUUCCAAGCAAGCAAAAUGUCGCAGAUGAGGGUACUAAGUGGAGCAACACCAUCGACCUGUCCACGUCCAGUCGCUGGUUCAACGGCCCGGAGUUUCUGCGGAAGCCAACAGAUCAAUGGCCCAUCUGUAGACAGCGCAUAGGUAGCACUUCCGAAGAACUGCGUCCACAUCUGCUGCUCCACGUAAAAGUCUCGGAAUCCGUAAUCGACGCUCAUCGUUUUUCCGACUGGCGGAAAUUACUCCGCUCUACUGCGUACAUUCUGCGAUUCGUGUGCAACUGCAGAGUUUCAUGCGCACAAAAGAAGGACCGCACCACCGGACCGCUGCAGCAUCAGGAGCUAUGCGACGCGGAAAACUACUUACACCGCAAAGCUCAGGAAGCCGCUUUCGCCGACGAAAUAGCUAUCCUAUCCAGGGACCGGAACUUGAAGAAUCCGGACAAGAACCUACCCAGAAGCAGCUCGCUUUUUCAUCAGUGCGUUUUUCUAGAUGAAAACAAUGUCGUCAGAGUUAGAGGUCGUACGCAAGCUUGCACGUUUAUCACCCGCGAUGAAGCCCAACCAGUCUUCCUUCCUCGUGAUCACUCUAUCACCAAGCUCAUUUUGUUUGAUUUCCACAAACGGUUCAACCAUCAGAUCCAUCAAACAACGAUGAAUGAAAUACGUCAACGCUACCGAAUACCAAAGCUGAAGGUAGCAUACAGAGCCAUCCGUAAAGAGUGUCAGGAGUGUGCUAAUGAUCUGGCAUCACCGCAACCUCCUAUUAUGAGUGAUCUACCGCCUCAACGCAGAGAUGCAUUUUGA